AUGGAACCAGAUCUUACGGUCAAUCUGCACAAGGACAGUCGUCUGCUCACCGUAUCUCAAGGCACUUCUGUAAUUGAGCAGAUUCCUCUUUCCGCACCUUCACCUACUGUUAUGUAAGC